AUUGAUAAUUAUGGCGGUGGAAUUAUAAACAAAUUCUACUAUGAAGUAUGAAUUAAUUUUUAUUUUUAGGACCAAAUACAGACUAAACAGUUCACAGUAGAUACCUUUACAGUUAACAAAAGGCUUUAACACCUCAUGUCUUUAUUACGUCGUCCUCCGUGUUCGCAAUCGCAAAUGUAUACUUCACAGUUUAGCAAACAGACAUUUUGAAUUUUUCUGUCAUCAAAUGUUUACUGCUAUUAAAUUUCCUAUCUAAUAAAAUAAUGUCGACCAGUGAAGAACAGACAUCGUCUAAAAAAGGAAAGGGAUCUAAUCGACACACGACAGUUACUACUACCACAAGCAAUGGAUUUAUAUCUAAAGCAAUGAUAAAGUUCUUGCACUAUCAAUCAUUAAAAGUUUCAAAUACUAAGAAUUUGAGUAACAUCCAAAUGAUAGCUCAAAAUAAAAUUAUAUUGCCAAAAGCAGAAACAGGUCACUCAACUACUACCAUGAACAAUACAUGUAAAACUGCAGUGGCUGAUUUGCAAUGUCAAUCAUUAAAUAGUUCAAAUAAAAAUAAUUCAAUUGAUACACUAGUCAGUACAAAAUCACAAACGAUGGUGAGCCAAAUAGAAAGUAAGGCGUUACUGAAAAAAAGGACAGCUACUAUUGGUAACAAAUUUACUGUCAAAAAUACAGUUGUAAGUGGGAAUUCUCUUGAAACUACUACUAUAGCCAUGGGUGACAAUAAUGAAAACAUAGUUCAUAGUAUUGGAGGAAAAGUUGAUUUGUAUGUGUGCAAGAUUUGCAAUAGAUCUUUUAAACAUCCAAGUAACUUGAAAGAGCACAACAAAAUACACAAACUAGCUGAAAACAAAAUGCAACCAGAUGUAAUUCGGCCACAUGUGUGCAAUAUCUGCGGAUUAGCAUUCAGGAAAGUGUCUACUCUAACUGUGCAUCAUAGAAUCCAUACUGGGGAGAAGCCGUUUGUGUGCAAUGUUUGCGGUGACGUGUUCUCAUGUUCGGCCAACCGGUCGGUGCACAUGAGGACACAUACAGGAUACAGGCCAUAUGUUUGCAAAUACUGUGGAUUCGCUUUCAACCAAUCACAUGUGCUGACUGAACAUGUGAGGCUACACACUGGCGAAAGGCCUUAUGAGUGUGGUCUGUGCAAGAUGGCAUUUGUGUCUAGUGGCUUACUUAGAAAGCAUACUAUAAAAAAACACAAUAAACAUGCCUAACUUUUCUAAAAUAUAUUUGUAUUAUGUUAAUACAAUUGUACAAAAUAAAAAAAACAAUACACUUUAAAUACAAAA